AUUUUAUCUGGGUAAAUUUGAUGCGUGCGCAUGCGUGUGUGUGUAUGCAUGGCAUUGAUGUACAUCAAUGUGUAUGUACGAAACAAUGUGCAUCAAUGUGCAUGCGUCGGCGAAAUGAAGGAAAAUCUUUAACAAUUUGAGAAGAGAAUUGAAAACAACAAUGGAUAAAAUUUUUCGAUCGUUUCAUCCGAGCCGAUCAGCGCUGUACAGAAACUUCACGAACGAGCAAAGCACUCCACUAUUUAAUAAAUUUUAUGCGAGACAAAAUAUGUGUGCAACCAGUGGGAAACGUUUGUCAUUUCCUCAAGAAUAUUCAACGACUUUCCUUUUAAAUAUUGAUCACUUUAGGAAGGAUGUUUCAGUUUGUACGUUCAACAGGCCUCUAAAUUUAUCUUCUAAAUCUAGUCCCCUGAUAAGUAACCAACAAAAACGUAGCAUGUUUAUCCAAACACAGGAUACACCAAAUCCAAAUAGUCUAAAAUUUAUGCCAGGAGCACCAGUACUAGGGGAGGGAUGCACGAAAGACUUUCCCAGUGCUAAAGACGCAUACUGCUCCCCACUUGCAAAAAUGUUAUUCCGUAUUGAAGGAGUAAAGGCAAUAUUUUUUGGACCUGACUUCAUCACAGUUACGAAACUCGACGAGGAUGUAGAAUGGAAGCUCUUAAAGCCUGAGAUAUUUGCCACCAUCAUGGAUUUUUUUGCGAGUGGAUUGCCAGUCAUGGAUGAAACCUCUCAGCCUGCAGCAGAUACGCAAAUUAAUGCGGAGGAUGACGAGAUUGUUCAAAUGAUAAAGGAAUUGUUGGAUACACGAAUACGCCCCACAGUACAAGAAGAUGGUGGUGAUAUUGUAUUUAUGGGUUUUGAGGAAGGCAUUGUAAAAUUGAAAAUGCAAGGUUCGUGUACCAAUUGUCCAAGUUCAGUAGUAACAUUGAGGAAUGGCGUACAAAACAUGAUGCAAUUCUACAUCCCCGAAGUACUAGGCGUUGUACAAGUAGAGGAUGAGACGGACAAAAUUACUGAGAAAGAAUUUCAAAAAUUAGAACAAAAAAUUAAAAAUAAGGAAAAGAGUAAAGAGAAAUAAGUGUGAUCGUAGUUUGACUUGUAGGCGAUAGUAAACUUUUACAUAAUCUUGUAAUUUCUGUACAGCAUAUUUUGUGUAUUGUUCAAUUAUAAAUAAUAAGACUUUCAAAUACGGUUGAGAAAA